CUAUUUUAAGAUUUCCUGAAAUCCGAAUUUUUGCCACCAAAGGAAAUCGUUUACAGAGCCGGAGAGAUGGGUAUUGCAUGUAGGGCGCCAAUUCCUCGUCUCCUCCCUAAAUCCACAAUUCCUAACCCAAAUAAAACCCUAACAAACUCAAUCAAGGCAUCUCUGCGAAAUGGAAGCAUCACCAGGCGUUUCUUUCUCCUCUCUCUUCCCAUAUCUACUAUUCUUCUUGGUAGUAACAAUCGGAAUAUGAUUCAAUCCAGUUCAAAUAUAGCUCUAGCCGACCUGGUGAGUCCCUCCGAGCGAGAAAGCAGCGCCAUCAUUUCCCGGAGAGUGUCGGAGGCCGUGGAGUUGCUGGAAAAGGGGAGGGAAUUGCAGGCUCUCGGUGAUUUCAGUGAAGCUCUUCGUUAUUUCACAUUGGUGGUAGAAAAUUACAAAGACUUGGCAUUCUCGGACUAUGCAAGAGUUGGGAGAGCAUUAGCCCUAUAUGAGGUUGGAGACAGAGAAGAGGCAAUUGCAGAACUGGAGGAUGUUUCCAUAUCUUUGAAGGGGUAUCCAGAAGUGCAUGCAGCCCUUGCAGCAGCCUUGUAUGUGGAUAAACAUGCCCCACUACUGGCAGAAAACCAGUUCACAAUCGCAACUGUGCUUGAUCCUCACUAUACGGACCUCUCAUAUGUGAAAGAUACAAAGCACUGGCCUCCAAGUUUGGUUAGUUCUUUGCAACACUUCAUCACACUUACUUAGAAGUUGUAAUAUAUUGCAGAUCCAUAUACUAUCACACAACCAAGAAGUUUGACUUCUUGUAAAAUUGUAAUAUUUCAUUAUAGCAAGGCAGUGAAUGAUCGAUAGAGGUAUCUGCAAUUUUGCUGAAUCUCUCCACUUACUGCUUAUCACACUUAUUUUUUGUAAUAUAUUACAAAUCAAUGUACUAUUUACAUGACCAAGAAGUUUGAAUUCUUGUGAAAUUGUAAUAUUUCAUGAUAGCAAUGCAUUGAAUGAUAGCAAUUUGCUGGA